AUGGAAGGAGCAAAUCACUCUUCGGUGUCAGAGUUUGUGUUCCUGGGACUCACCAAUUCCUGGGAGAUCCAACUUCUCCUGUUUCUGUUCUCCUCUAUGUUUUAUGUAGCAAGCAUGAUGGGAAACUCCCUCAUUAUACUCACUGUGAUUUCUGACCCUCACUUACACUCUCCCAUGUACUUUCUGUUGGCUAACCUCUCCUUCAUUGACAUGGGAGUUUCUUGUGUCUCUUGUCCCAGGAUGUUGUAUGACCUAUUCAGAAAACACAAAGUCAUCUCCUUUAGUGGCUGCAUUAUUCAAAUAUUCUUCAUCCACGUCAUUGGCGGUGUGGAGAUGGUGCUGCUCAUUGCCAUGGCCUUUGACAGAUAUGUGGCCAUAUGUAAGCCCCUCCACUACUUGACCAUCAUGAACCCACGAAUGUGCAUCUUCUUUUUAGUGGCUGCAUGGACAAUUGGCUUUAUCCACUCCAUGAUUCAAAUGAUUUUCGUGGUAAACCUACCCUUUUGUGGUCCUAACGUGUUGGACAGUUUUUACUGUGACCUUCCUCGAUUCAUCAAACUUGCCUGCACAGACACUGAUCAACUAGAAUUUAUGGUCACAGCAAACAGUGGAUUUAUCUCUGUUGGCUCCUUCAUCAUACUGCUCAUUUCUUAUGGUGUCAUUAUUCUCACUGUUCAAAAACAUUCUUCAGGUGGUUCAUCCAAGGCUCUGUCCACACUUUCAGCUCACAUCACAGUGGUAGUCUUGUUCUUUGGUCCACUGAUAUUUUUCUAUGCAUGGCCAUCUCCCUCCAUACACCUAGAUAAGUUUCUGGCCAUUUUUGAUGCUAUUAUCACUCCUGUCCUUAACCCUCUCAUUUAUACAUUCAGGAAUCAAGAAAUGAAGGCAGCAAUGAAGAGAGUAUGCAGACAGCUAGUAAAUAUAGGAAGAUCUCUUAAGUGA